GAGACCCAGCGUUGCCUCGGUACUUGCACUUGUGUGCUCCGGCCACCUCCCUGCUCUCUGAGACUAGGGUUCCCCCUGAGACGGCGGCGACACCGGGAGCAGCAGGAAGGGAGGAGCGGCCGCCCCUGCUUGUGUGGUUUAGCCGAUCCGCUCCCGGUACCACAGGGAGGAGAGGCCGCCGGGAGUGCGGACCAGACGCCCUCGCCCUGGAGAGGGCGGCGGGAGGAGCAGGCGGGAGCCCUUGCGGCUCUGCCGGAGGCUGGCGAUGGAGGAAGGGGCAGCAGAUCUGCGACAAAGAAAGAAGCAAAAUUGCACAGAAACUGACAAAAUGGCUCUAGAUGAGAGAAACAAAGAAAACCCAAAUCUGGGAAGAUCGCCAAAAUAUGUCUUAUUUCAACGUUUUGCAAAGCUUUUCUUUGGCUGUGUCGCAGCUGUCACUAGUGGGAUGAUGUAUGCAGUGUACCUCUCAACAUACCAUGAACGGAAAUUCUGGUUCUCCAGCAGGCAGGAACUUGAACGAGAGAUUACAUUUCAGGGUGACAGUGCCGUAUAUUACUCAUUUUAUAAAGAACUGCUAAAGGCUCCUUCCUUUGAAAGAGGUGUUUAUGAGCUGACACACAACAAUAAAACUGUACCGCUGAGGACUAUAAAUGCAGUGCAGCAAAUGACAUUGUAUCCAGAGUUGAUUGCCAGCGUUUUGUAUCAAGCAUCUGGUAGCGAAGAGGUUAUCGAGCCAGUGUAUUUCUACAUUGGUAUAGUUUUUGGACUGCAGGGAAUUUAUAUGGCUGCAUUGUUUGUAACCAGUUGGGUUAUGAGUGGGACUUGGUUGGCCGGAAUGCUGACCAUAGCAUGGUUCAUUAUUAACAGGACAGAUACAACAAGAAUCGACUACUCCAUUCCUUUAAGGGAAAAUUGGGCAUUGCCAUAUUUUGCAUGUCAAGUUGCAGCUCUUACAGGCUAUUUAAAAAACAACAUAAAUUCUUCUGCUGAGAGGCUUUGCUACCUUUUGGUGAAUGCUUCAACAUAUACUUUCAUGAUGAUGUGGGAGUACAGUCACUAUCUGCUGUUUGUCCAGGCUGUGUCUCUCCUCCUGCUGGACAGCUUUGCCCUUGUGCAGACAGAUAAGGUGCAUGAAGUGUACAAAAUCUAUCUGUUCUCCCUGUUCCUGGGAUAUCUCUUACAGUUUGAAAAUCCAGCUUUAUUAGUAUCUCCAUUACUAAGCCUUGUAGCAGCUUUAAUGCUCUCUAAAUGCCUUCAGAUGAAUAUGAAAAAGUGCACAUUUAUUUCAAGGAUGCUAAAAAUAAUGUACUUUUACUUGGUAUUUACGAUAUCAGUGACAAUGAAUUUCUUACUGAAGACAUUUGUUCCCCAUAAAGAAAAUGAACAUGUGUUGAAGUUCCUUGAAGUAAAAUUUGGAUUAAACACAACUAAGAACUUUACAGUGAACUGGCUUCUUUGUCAAGAAUCCCUUCAGACACCAUCUCAAGACUUUUUUUUGCGGCUAACUCAGUCAUCUCUAUUGCCUUUUUAUAUUUUAGUAUUAAUUAUCUGCCUUUCUUCUGUAACUCAAGUCAUUUUUAGGAGAAUUAGUGGUGAACCACUCAAAGAAAAAAUUACACUUGACGAUGGCCGAAUUGGAGAGAGGCCAGAGAUAGCUUAUCAUGUAAUCCACACAAUGUUAAUGGGUUCUCUUGCAAUGAUGUUGGAAGGCAUAAAGUACCUGUGGACUCCCUAUAUGUGUAUGCUUGCUGCAUUUGGUGUAUGUUCCCCUGAGUUUUGGAUGACGCUUUUCAAGUGGCUUCGACUGAGAGCUGUACACCCAAUAUUGCUGGCUCUCAUUCUGAGUAUGGCAGUUCCAAGUAUAAUAGGUUUCAGCUUGUGGAAAGAG